GCAGGAUCGCUGCGCUCCACCCGGAUGCCUGAGGGUGGCGGUACCACCCCGCCGUCGGGAAACGGGGAGUGUGCGGGGCGGAUGUGCGUCCGUCGGCCUCAGGGUACCGCUGGCUGCGGGGCUCAGAAGUCGGACGAGGAGAUGGCGGCCAUGACGAUCCUGGUGGGAGUCAAGAGGGUGAUCGACUACGCGGUGAAGAUCCGGGUGAAGCCCGAUCACACCGGUGUGGUGACCGAUGGGGUGAAACAUUCCAUGAACCCUUUCUGUGAGAUCGCUAUGGAAGAGGCAGUCCGACUGAAAGAGAAGAAACAUGCCCAGGAGGUGAUCGCGGUGAGCUGUGGCCCCCAGCAGUGUCAGGAGACGAUCCGCACGGCCCUGGCCAUGGGGGCUGACCGGGGCAUUCACGUGGAGGUAACGGGGAAAGACUAUGAUGCUCUGGGCCCUCUGCAAGUCUCCAAAAUCCUGGCAGCUCUCGCCAAGCAGGAGAAGGUGGACCUCAUUCUCCUGGGCAAACAGGCUAUCGAUGGGGACUGGAAUCAAACGGGACAGAUGACCGCUGCGCUCCUGGACUGGCCCCAGGGCACCUUUGCCUCGGAGGUGAAGGUGGAGGAUAAGAAGUUAAUGGUGACCCGGGAAGUGGACGGGGGUUUGGAGACAGUUUCACUCAAGUUGCCGGCCGUUGUAACCUCUGACCUACGUCUGAAUGAGCCUCGAUAUGCCACUCUGCCAAACAUCAUGAAAGCAAAGAAGAAGAAGAUUGCUCGAACGAGUGCGCAGGAGCUGGGAGUGAACAUCUCGAGUAAGCUGCAGACCCUGAGUGUGGAAGACCCCCUGCAGCGGACUGCCGGGGUCAAGGUGGAGAAUGUGGAACAGCUGGUCGCUAAACUCCAGGAAAUCGGCCGCAUCUGAUGGUUCAGAGGGUUACCCAUUGCCAGGAACUCUGCGUAGUCCUCACCACCAAAUCUCGUCUCUCGACUGGCUGUUCUUUUUAAGGAAAUGAUUGCCCAGCACCAGACUGCCUUUUAGAGCUGCCUCCUAAUUCUUUGAGUGGAAAAUUAUCAGAGCAGGUUAAUAAAUAGUUUCUAUAAUCACCUCA